UUUUUCUAAUCAAUCUUAUCCGAUCCAUUAAGACCCAUACUCCGGAUCCUAUCUUCUGCUCCUUUCCCCAAUUCAAACAACCGAAUCUCUUAACCUUUCUAAUCGGAUCCUCUGAUAGUAUUCCGUGAGUCCCAACAAUCCAUAAUUCGAAGCUUUUGCUCCGAUCCAUACUGUCCCAUAUAGCCUUAUGCAAUGGAAGUAUCAACGGAAUCAGUCAUUAAGAAACCGAAGAGGUUAACUUCUGUUGUGUGGAAUCACUUCGAAAGAGUCAGAAAGGCUGACGUUUGUUAUGCUGUUUGUGUGCAUUGUAACAAGCGACUCAGUGGAUCAAGUAAUAGCGGAACUACGCAUUUGAGAAAUCACUUAUUAAGAUGCUUGAAAAGAUCUAACUGCGAUGUGUCACAACUACUAUUAAAGAGAAGGAAAAAGGAUACCUCCCUUAGUCUUCCAAAUGUUAGUUACGAUGAAGUGUCGAGGAAAGAUGAAUUUAUGAAGCCCAAAGUGAUAAAAUAUGAUCAAGAACCGAGAAAAGAUGAGGUUAUUAGCCUGGGAAGUAGUAGGUUUGAUCAAGAGCGGAGUCAGUUUGAUCUUGCCCGCAUGAUUAUAUUGCAUGGUUACUCCUUGUCUAUGGUAGAGCACGUCGGAUUCAAAACAUUUGUGAAAAAUCUCCAGCCUUUGUUUCAGGUUGCACCAAAUAGCUCGAUUGAGAACUCCUGUGUGGAGAUUUAUAAGAAAGAGAAACAGAAAGUGUAUGAGAUGAUAAAUAGACUGCAAGGCAGAAUUAACCUUUCCAUUGAAAUGUGGUCUUCCGCAGAAAACACCGAGUACUUAUGUUUGACAGCACAUUAUAUCGAUGAGGAUUGGAAAUUGCAAAAGAAGAUUAUAAAUUUUGUGACACUUGAUUCUUCUCACCCUGAAGAUAUGCUUUCAGAAAUUAUUAUCAGGUGCCUCAUGGAUUGGAACAUUGAAUGCAAGCUGUUUGCGAUGACAUUUGAUGACUGUUCCAUUGAUGAUGACAUUGUCCUCACAAUUAAGAAUCAAAUCUCUCAAAAUAGGCCUCUUAGGAAUGGUCAGUUAUUUGAUGUGCGUUCUGCUGCUCAUGUUCUUAAUCAGAUUGUUCAAGAUACUUUGGAAGCCCUUAGAGAAGUUAUCCAAAAGGUUCGUGCAAGUGUUAGAUAUGUUAAAACUUCACAGGAAGUGCAUGACAAGUUUACCGAGAUAUCCCAGCAACUUGGAAUCAGCACACAAAAGAACCUAGGUCUUGAUUCCCAAGCUAGAUGGAACUCAACAUAUCUAAUGCUUGAAUCAUGCUUAGAGUACAGGGCCUCAUUUUCUCUGCUGCAAGAACAUGAUCUGGGCUAUACAUCAGCUUUAACUGAUACAGAAUGGGAAUGGAUAAGUUGCAUCACUAGUUAUUUGAAAUUUUUUAUGGAAAUAACCAAUGUCUUUACAGGGAACAGAUGCCCAACAGCAAACAUAUAUUUUCCAGAGAUUUGUGAUGUGCACAUCAAGUUAAUUGAAUGGUGUAAGAGCUCAGAUAAUUUCGUUUGCUCCAUAGCAUCUAAGAUGAAGGCCAAGUUUGAUAAAUAUUGGAGCAAGUGUAGUUUGGCUUUGGCAAUGGCCGCCGUCUUAGAUCCGCGAUUUAAGAUGAAAUUGGUAGAAUAUUAUUAUUCUCAGAUAUAUGGUACUACUUCAGUGGAUCGAAUCAAAGGAGUUUCUGAUGGUAUCAAAGAACUUUUCAAUGCAUACUCGAUUUGUUCGACUUUGGUGGAUCAAGGUUCAGCUUUGCCUGGGAGCAGUUUACCUAGCACCAGUAGUGAUAGCAGGGAUAGAUUAAAAGGGUUUGACAAGUUCCUGCAUGAGACUUCUCAAAGUCAAAAUGCAGCAUCUGAUUUGGAUAAAUAUUUAGAGGAACCCGUGUUUCCUCGUAAUUGUGAUUUCAACAUACUGAAUUGGUGGAAAGUUCACACACCGAGAUAUCCUAUUUUGUCAAUGAUGGCACGUGACGUUUUGGGAACUCCAAUGUCAACAAUUGCACCAGAGUUGGCAUUUAACAAUGGAGGUAGGGUUCUGGAUAGUCACCGAAGCUCACUAAAUCCCGACAUUCAACAGGCUAUGAUAUGCGCACGGGAUUGGCUGCAAGUCGACCCAGAAGAGUUCAACCCGUCGCCUGCGGUAGCACUGUACAUAGAAGGAAAUUAGUUUGACUGGUAGGUUUUCUUGCUCCUUCCAUCCUCGCUGCAUCUUUAUAAUAUUUAUGCAUAACAUUUUAGUAUGACUUGAUUUGUAACGAGGCUGUUGUACAGUUAAGCGUAGCGACUUGAUGUUUGCAUUGAUGGUUUAGAUUGAUAAAACUGCUUCAUCCUCUACUUUCCAGGAUGAGUUGUGUUGGACAGAGGCCAGUUUCAUGCAUCUUUAUACCAAAUAGUGGCCACUUUGCUGUAACAAUCUUAUUCUCUUUUUCAUGUUUAUGCAGAAUCUGUAACUAUUAUAAUUUUUAUUGCAAAAUUUGGAGUAA